GAUGAAGAAAGUGGAUUGCCAUUUUACAGUAGGAUUACAAGUUGCAAAGCUUAUGAGCUUCAAGUUCUGCGUCAGUUGGUACAAUAUAAGUACGACCAAAAUGAUAUUAUCUAAACCUUCCAAAAAAACAAAAAAAGGGCUUGUCAGGCGCGUGUCAAAAUCAUCAAAAUCGUGAAUGCAUGUGAGGGAAAGCAACAUAACGAAUUAACCAGAAUAAAUAGCACCC